AUGGGAUCGGGAGCCUUAAAUGAUGCAUCCAAAUUCGAUGAAGAUGGGCAUCCAAAAAGAACUGGAACGGUGUGGUCAGCAGGGGCCCACAUAAUAACAGCAGUUAUCGGGUCGGGUGUAUUGACAUUGGCAUGGGCCAUCGCUCAAAUGGGUUGGAUUGUAGGGCUGACUGUACUCCUGGCCUUCUCAAUUAUCACUAUGUUCACCUCGACCUUACUCGCCGACUGCUAUCGCGCCGCUGACGGCACCAGAAAUUACGUCUACAAAGACGCCGUCAAAUCCUAUCUAGGAGGCAUCAAAUAUAAGUUUUGCGGGGUGGUUCAAUACAGCUAUCUUGUCGGUGUGACGAUUGGAUACUCGAUCACAACCGCUAUCAGCUUGGUGGCGAUGAAAAAAUCAUUGUGCUUUCACAAGCAUGGACACAACCAUGAUUGCACAUUGUCCAACAAUCCUUUCAUUGUGCUAUUCGGAUUGAUACAAAUAGUUAUCUCCCAAGUCCCCAACUUUCACGAGCUCGCAUUUCUCUCCUUCAUCGCGGCCAUUAUGUCAUUCAGCUACGCCUCCAUCGGCCUCGGCCUCUCCAUCGCCAAGAUCACGGGGAAAAAACACGCCCCCACUAGCAUCACAGGAAAACCGAUCACCGAUUCCUACUCCGCCGAGGAGAAGAUGUGGAGCUGCUUCGCCGCGAUCGGGAACAUCGCAUUCGCCUACGCCUUCGCCGUCGUCCUGAUCGAGAUCCAAGACACGAUCCGAUCAGGAGCGCCGGAGAGCAAGGUGAUGAAACGCGCCUCCGUCGUCGGGAUCCUAAUCUCGACGGUUUUCUACAUGCUGUGCGGCGUGCUAGGGUACGCCGCCUUCGGCAACGCCGCUCCGGGGAACUUCCUGACCGGGUACGGCUUUUACGAUCCGUACUGGCUGAUCUUAACGGCGAAUCUGUUCAUCGCCAUCCACCUGUUCGGGGCGUACCAGGUUUUCGCCCAGCCGGUCUUCGGGGCGGUGGAGGGGUGGUGCAGGCGGAGGUGGCCGGGGAACACGUUCGUGAGCAAGGAGCACAAGUUGGGGAGAUUGAGGGUGAAUCUUUUUCGGGUGGUGUGGCGGAGUGUGUACGUGGUGUUCACGACGCUGGUGGCGAUGCUGCUGCCGUUUUUCAAUGAUUUUGUGGGGCUGCUGGGUGCGAUAUCGUUCUGGCCACUGGCGGUGUUCUUCCCAAUCGAGAUGUACAUGGUGAGGGCCAAGAUCUCGCGGUGGUCGUGCCGGGGGUUCUUCCUGCAGGUUCUUAGCGGAUUCUGCCUUGUCGCUUCGCUGCUCGCUGGCGCCGGGUCUAUUAGGGGGCUUGUUCACUCCCUCAGAACCUUCGAGCUUCUGCAGUCGCGAUCGUGA